CGCAGACAACGAGUGCUUUUCUUUGCUACUGGAGCAUUCUCCCCAUUGUCCUGCUCCAGGGCCUCUAACGAACCCCCUCUUUGGAGGGCUUUCUGGGAGCCCACCACUGACUGGAGGGCAGACUGCAUACUUGCAGUUGGCUCAACUCAAGGCUCAGCUGGCAUUGACACAGAUGAACAAUGUUUUUCCUGUUGGCGGCCGAGUUGUGACCUUUACAGCGAACUCCAACACACCAUCUUCACGUCUUUCCACAACACCACCUUCACCAACUGCUGUGGCCAUCAAUCUUCUGAAUGUUCUGAAGAUUGCUAACACCAUGUCUCAUCCUAUGUUUAACCCCUUUGUCCCUGGGAAACAAAGUUCCUCCCAGGGGCAAUAUGGACUCUCCAGUGGACAGACAGUAAGAGAUUCUCGAAUAGUGUUGCCUCGCCUUGAACCUGGGUCCAGCUACUCUUCUGGAAUUGCGCCUCUGACACGGGGGACAUCUGAAGGGUUUCUACCACCACCUCUUGCUCUGCCAGUGAACUACAGACCUGAGAGAAGCAGGAUAACAGUUGAUGAGGACAUAGAGCGAUGCUUAGACUUGAAUAUUAGCAGAGCCAGGGAGGAGGCGAGGCAUCAGUCUGUAAACCAGAACGUUCCCUUCAGCACCCAAAGACAAGUGUUUCCAUCCUCGAACACAGAUGUGAUGUCCUUUCAGUCAUCUUCAGCUUUGCUAGGAAACAGACCCUCAACAGUUGACAUUGCCAGUAGGUCCUUGGACUGGUUGUCUUUGUUUAAAAGGCCCACAGAAGAUGAUCCCUCAAAAAUGUAUUCAUCCACUUCAUCCAACUUUUUAAACAGUGGUGACGGUAGGUUUAACCUCUCCAUGGAAGGAAACUGUAAUACGCAGUCCAUUCCAGGCAUUGGUAACUAUGGCAGUAUUGUGCCAGAAAGGUCUGUGCGGCUCCCGGAGUCCAGUCGCCCCAAGUAUACUUCAGAAUCGGCUUCUAACAUUCUCUUGCAAUUUGGACUUGAAAAGGAAGACUUGGAACAACUCAUCACAUACCCCGAAGACCAGCUCACGCCUCAAAACCUGCCGUUCAUCUUAAGGCAAAUCCAUUUAAAGAAGUCCAAGAGAGCUCCACCUGCAGUUCCAUCAAAACCUUACAGCGAACCUCCACCCAUUGCAAGUGUGAGUAGAAUGGACAAAUUAAGUGGAUUCAGAGGUGCAACAAUGCCCCAGGAUGAAAUGCAAUCAGUUCUUAAACCAAGCAAAGUCAUUGACUAUGGACAUACUGCCAAAUAUACUGCAGGCAAUGAGAAAGACAUUGGAAUCGCUACAGCUCAGACUGGUGGGGAUAAGAGUAUGUUGUAUACAGACACUUUCAACAGUAGCAGCCACAAUCAAGAGCCACUGCCAGAACCAGCUCACCAGACAGCUUCAACAUCCCAGCCAUCUGGGACCUUGUUCCACAGCAUUCAUCCUAGCCGUCCUGGCCUCGUGCUUAUUGGCAGAAAUGACGAUAGUCGCAACAGUACUCAAAGUAGAACUCAAGCGUCAGAGUCCAAAGCACUGGUGGAAAAGCAGCAAGGACAGCAGCAGGUGAAACAACAGCCAAAUCAACAGGCCCAACAGCAUCAAGCACAGCAGCAGAGACAGCCGCCGCAGCAGCAGCAGAGACAGCAGCCGCCGCAGCAGCAGGGCAGGGCAGCCGACUUGGGACCCGAAGGUCCCGGUUUUGAUCCCCGGCCAUUGCACAUCCCGUGGUGUCUCUGA